GAUUCACAGCCAGAGCAAAAAGUCUGUGUGUGAGGAGAGCAUCCAGCAUGAGAGCUGGGAGGCUGUGAGCCACGCUCCCACUCAGCCCCUGCGGGACCUCAUCGCACCUCAUCCCUCCUCUGUCUCCCAACCACCAGCGCGGACGCUGCCACAUGGACAUGGGCACUGCUGUGGGACUGCAGUCUGCUGGGAGGACAUGGACUCUGGGAUCUUGUGGCAUCUACCUGGGCAUCGCUGCCAUCACAUGGGGCAUGGUGUUGUGGGAGGAGGUGGGUGCCUGGAAGUACUACUACAGUGACCGAGGGGACUACACGUGGGACCAGGCCAGGAAUUACUGCCAGACCUUCUUUACCGACCUGGUGGCAAUUCAGAACAAGGAGGAGAUCGAGUACCUCAAUGAGAACCUGCCCCGCCAUGGGACCUACUACUGGAUUGGCAUCCGCAAGCUGGGAGGCAUCUGGACCUGGAUGGGCACCAGGAAGGUUCUGACAAAGGAGGCAGAGAACUGGGCAGUUGGGGAGCCCAACAACCGCCGCUCCAACCAGGACUGCGUGGAGAUCUACAUCAAGCGGAAGGAGCAGUCGGGCAAAUGGAAUGACGAGCCCUGCAGCCGGAAGAAAAAGGCGCUGUGUUACAAGGCCUCCUGCCAGCCCUCCUCAUGCAGCCAGCGUGGCGAGUGCGUGGAGACCAUUGGGAGCUACCGCUGCGAGUGCUACCCCGGCUUCCACGGCCCUGAGUGCCAGUAUGUUGUGCAGUGUGCUGAGCUGAAGCCCAAGGGAGCGCACAUGAACUGCAGCCAUCCCUACGGAAACUUCAGCUACAACUCCACCUGCAUGUUUGGGUGCCAGGAGGGGUUCAAGCAGCAAGGGAUGGGCACGCUGCAUUGCCUGCCUUCCCAGGAAUGGUCAGCAGACAUCCCCAUCUGCACAGCCAUCACCUGCCCGGUGCUCAGUGCUCCAGACCAGGGAGAGCUGAACUGCUCCCACCUUCACGGAGACUUCGCCUUUGGCUCCGUGUGUGCCUUCUCCUGCCAGACAGGGUUUGCACUCAUAGGGUCAGAGAGCCGCCACUGCACAGCCAUGGGGACAUGGACAGGGGAUGCCCCACGUUGUGAAGCCAUUGCCUGCCCAGUGCUUAGUGCUCCAGACUGGGGAGAGCUGAACUGCUCCCAUCUCCAUGGCAAUUUCACCUUUGGCUCCACGUGUGCCUUCUCCUGCCAGACGGGGUUUGUGCUGAUGGGGCCAGAGCGUCGGGAGUGCACGGCCAUGGGGACCUGGACUGGAGACAUCCCACACUGUGAAGCCGUCACCUGCCCUGUGCUCAAUGCACCAGACCAAGGAGAGUUGAACUGCUCCCAUCUCCAUGGGAACUUCACCUUUGGUUCUACAUGUGCCUUCUCCUGCCAGAAAGGGUCUGUGCUGAUGGGGCCAGACAUCUCUGAGUGCAUGGCCACAGGGACCUGGUCUGAAGACACUCCACGCUGUGAAGCUAUUGCCUGUCCAGUGCUCAAUGCUCCAGACUGGGGAGAGCUGAACUGCUCCCAUCUCCAUGGGAACUUCACCUUUGGCUCCACGUGUGUCUUCUCCUGCCAGAUGGGGUUUGUGCUGAAGGGGUCAGAGACCCGCAAAUGCAUGGCCACGGGGACCUGGACUGGGGACUCCCCACAGUGCAAAGCCAUCACCUGCCCAGUGCUCAGUGCUCCAGACCAGGGAGAGCUGAACUGCUCCCACGUCCAUGGAGACUUUGCCUUCAGCACCCUAUGUGCCUUCUCCUGCCAGAUGGGGUUUGCACUGAUUGGGUCAGAGAGGCGUGAGUGCAUGGCCACAGGGACAUGGACAGGGGAUGCAACACGAUGUGAAGCCACUGCCUGUCCAGUGCUCAGUGCUCCAGACCUGGGAGAGCUGAACUGCUCCCACCUUCACGGAGACUUCGCCUUUGGCUCCGUGUGUGCCUUCUCCUGCCAGACAGGGUUUACACUCAUGGGGUCAGAGAGCCGCCACUGCACAGCCAUGGGGACAUGGACAGGGGAUGCCCCACAUUGUGAAGCCAUUGCCUGCCCAGUGCUCAGUGCUCCAGACUGGGGAGAGCUGAACUGCUCCCAUCUCCAUGGCAAUUUCACCUUUGGCUCCACGUGUGCCUUCUCCUGCCAGACGGGGUUUGUGCUGAUGGGGCCAGAGCGUCGGGAGUGCACGGCCAUGGGGACCUGGACAGGGGAUACCCCACACUGUGAAGCCAUCAAAUGCUCAGCACUGACCACCCCCAAGAUGGGCCAGGCUUCCUGCUCCCACCCGCUUGGGGACUUCACCUUUGGCUCCACGUGUGCCUUCUCCUGCCAGAAAGGGUUUGUGCUGAUGGGGCCAGAAAGUCGCAAGUGCACAGCCAUGGGGACCUGGACUGGGGACACCCCACAAUGCAAAGCCAUCAGCUGCCCAGUGCUGGGCCCCCCCAGCAGAGGCCAGCUGAGCUGCUCUCACGUGCAUGGGAACUUCACCUACAACUCCACGUGCACCUUUUCCUGUGAGGAGGGGUUUGUUCGGAUGGGAGCAGAGGUGCUCUGGUGUGAGGCCACAGGGAACUGGACCAGGCAUCCUCCUGUCUGUGCAGAGGAUGGUGCCUUCUUAAAGCAAGUCCUGGCUUACAGCAGUGGUACAGCCCUGACGGUAGCUGGUCUUGUGCUCUCUGGGGGGCUCAUUGCCAUCCUUGCCAAGCGCCUCAGUGACAGAGAGGAGAAGAAGAAGCUCCUGAACCCCACCAGUGACCUAGGAUCACCAGGCAUCUUCACCAACACAGCGUAUGAUGCCAACCUGUGAGCCUGCCCAUGACUGAACCCAGUGCUGCAGGCCCAGCAGGAGCUGCUGCUGGGGCCCAGAGGGACUCCAUACCUGGAGCUGCAGCCUGGACCAGCGCUGCCUGUGGAGACUGGACCCACACUGUAUAUACCGCCAGGAGGGGAAGCUGCCUCCAGGAAACGUGGCUGGAGACCUGUCUAGGGCCAUGGGCCACUGUCUCACGUGGGCAGCCUGCUGCUCAACCCGUGGACCUUCCCUGUGAAUUUGGACAUUCCUCCUCGGCUGCCCCAGGGAUGGGCUUGUGUCAGCA